GUACUUAAAACUCUAAAUGAACGCUACAAUUAUGGAGUUGAGCUGACGCUGUUGUCAAUUGACGAAGGUAUAACUGGCUAUCGCGACGAUAGUCUAGAAACUGUCAAGCAAAAUCGGGAUGAUUAUAAAAUGCCUUUAAAGAUACUUUCAUACCAGGAGCUGUAUGGCUGGACAAUGGAUAAAAUUGUCGAACAAAUUGGACGUUCAAAUAAUUGUACAUUUUGUGGUGUUUUUCGUAGACAAGCUUUGGAGCGCGGUGCUAAGCUUCUUGGUGUUGAUUGUAUAGCAACGGGUCAUAAUGCAGAUGAUAUUGCUGAAACAGUACUUAUGAAUAUAUUACGUGGAGAUACGGCCCGUUUACGUCGUUGUACUAAUGUAAGAACUGGUGGUGGUCAGAAUUCAAUACCGCGCAUUAAACCACUAAAAUACGCAUACGAGAAAGAAAUUGUCAUGUAUGCACAUUACAAAAAAUUAGUUUAUUUUUCAACGGAAUGUGUUUUUGCACCGAAUGCUUAUCGUGGCCAUGCACGUGAGCUGUUAAAGGAUAUGGAAAAAGUUGAUCCAGAAGCAAUUUUGAAUAUUAUACAUUCGGGAGAGCAAAUGAGAUUUAACGAUUUUGUAAAGCAACCAACACGAGGUAAAUGUGAUCGAUGUGGGUUUCUUUCUUCACAGCAACCUUGUAAAGCUUGUACACUGCUUGAAGGACUAAACCGAGGAUUGCCGAAAUUGGGAAUCGGCAAAAAAUCUAAGGGCGAUCGUAUGAUUGCAAGCCAGGAUAAACAACUAGCAUUAAGAGAAAAAGCAAAUUUAGUAAAAAAUGAUUUUUAG